AUGGUCAACGGGUAUCUGCUGGAGUUCUACAGCGGCUUUGAAAGACAAUGGGUCAGUCCUGACACUAUCCCUCGUGAGUCCAGCCAACACCUCCAGACCAAUAGCUUCACCUCCACCACCUCAGCAGGGGCCCAGCGCCUCCACAACUGGCCACCUCAGGACCUCAAGUGGGAGCUGACCAUCAACAAGGCUAAAGACCCUCACUGUCACUGCCACCCCCCACCCCCCCACGUGUUAGGAGCAGCAGGAGAUGCUGUCUCCAACCAGAGGAGGAGGAGAAGCUGGGUCUGGAACCAAUUCUUUGUCCUGGAGGAGUUCACCGGAGAAGAGCCACUGUACGUGGGGAAGCUGGUUUCCUCUGGUGGUUUAACUGGUUUCUGGUCCCUGCAGCUCCACUCUGACUUGGAUAAAGGUGACGGACAGGUGAGGUACGUCCUGAGUGGUGAAGGUGCAACGUCCAUCUUCACCAUUGAUGAGAACACGGGAGAUAUCCACGCCACCAAGAGGCUGGACCGUGAACAGCAGGCAUACUACACCCUGAGAGCUCAAGCUCGAGACAGAAACACAAACCUACCAGUCGAACCCGAGUCCCAGUUCAUCAUCAAAGUCCAAGACAUCAACGACAAUGAGCCCAAGUUCCUGGACGGUCCAUACACCGCCACAGUGUCUGAGAGGUCUCCUGUAGGUACGUCGGUGGUGACGGUGGUGGCCACAGAUGCUGAUGAUCCAACUUAUGGAAACUCUGCCAGACUGGUUUACAGCAUCCUGCAGGGUCAGCCAUACUUCUCUGUGGAGCCAAAGACAGGUGUGGUGCGGACGGCUCUACCUGACAUGGAUCGGGAGGUGCGGGACCAGUACCUGUUGGUCAUCCAGGCCAAAGACAUGAUUGGUCAGAUGGGAGGUCUGUCAGGAACGACCUCCGUUACAGUGACCCUGAUCGAUGUCAAUGACAACCCUCCUCGCUUCCCCCGCAAGAGCUACCAGUUCAGUGUUCCAGAGUCUGUACUGGUGUCAGCUGUGGUUGCUAAGAUCAAAGCUCUGGAUCUGGAUGUUGGUCCAAAUGCUGAGAUGGACUACAGGAUCCUAGAUGAAGAUGGACUGGGAACCUUCAGGAUCCUCACUGAUCCAAACACACAGGAAGGACUGGUCAUCCUCCACAAGACUCUGGACUUUGAGACCAAGUCCAGCUACACUUUGCAUGUCGAAGCGUCCAAUCGUUACGUGGACACCCGUUUCCUGUCUGUGGGUCCAUUCAGUGAUCUGGCAACAGUUCAUCUGCUUGUGGAAAACGUGGACGAGCCUCCGGUCUUCUCGUCCUCCAUCAGUCAGAUGGUGAUCUCAGAGGCAGCUGCAGUAGGAACUGAUGUGGGAUCAGUUACAGCUCACGACCCCGACGCCACCAGCAGUCCUGUCAGGUUCUCUAUAGACCAGAGGUCAGAUAUGCAGCGUUACUUUACCAUUGACAGUAGUUCCGGUCUGAUCAGAACAAACCGACCUUUAGACCGAGAGACCUCUGCUCUGCACAACAUCACUGUCCUUGCAACAGAGAGCCUGGAUCCUUCUCAGGUGGGGAAAGCUGUGGUUCUGGUCUCUGUGACGGACAUUAACGACAAUGCUCCGAGCUUCGCCGUUGAAUACCAACUGUUCGUCUGUGAGAACAGCAAACCUGGACAGAUCAUUGAGACUCUCAGCGCUGUGGACCGAGAUGAACCUGAGAAUGGGCAUCACUUCCUGUUCUCUCUGACCACUGAGGCUGCAGGGAAUCUCAACUUCACCCUGAGAGACAACAAAGACAACACAGCGUCCGUCCUGACUUGGCGUGGUGGUUUCCUGCAGCGGGAUCAGUUGGUUCACUUCGUGACGGUGGUGAUUUCAGACAGCGGCAGUCCGUCUCUCAGCAGCACCACCACGCUGUCUGUCACCGUCUGUAACUGUGACCUCGACGGAAACCGACGCUCCUGCAGCCAGAGAGCGUCACCGCUGCUGGUGGUCGGACUGAGCACCGCCGCCACCGCCGCCGUCCUCACCUGUGUCCUCACACUGCUGGGUGUCGUCAUGGUAACGGUCGUCAUCAGACACAGGAAGAGGGAGCCUUUGAUGAUGAACGAUGAGCGAGAGAUUCUUGAGAACAUAGUCCGUUAUGAUGAUGAAGGUGGAGGUGAGGAGGACACUGAGGCCUUCGACAUGUUUGCUCUGAGGCACCUGAACCAAACAACCCAAAUCUACCGAGACCCCGACCUCCACCCCGACCACCAUCCGCCGGGACUCCCUAGGAGACCACAGUCUAGCAUGGAAAAAAAACAGCUGUUCCAGGAGUUUAUCAAGGACAGACUGCAGGAGGCAGACCUGGAUCUGACGGCCCCCCCUUAUGACUCUCUGCAGACCUAUGCCUUUGAAGGCAGCGGGUCGACUGCAGAGUCACUCAGCUCAUUAAACUCAGUAGACUCGUUGGACUCAUUAGACACAUUAAAUUCAUUUAACUUGUUAGAGUCUGAGCAGAACUAUGACUUCCUUAGAGAGUGGGGGCCGAGGUUCAGGAAGCUUGCAGACCUCUACGGAAACCACAAGGGGGGUGAGGGCUCAUCAUAGUCCUCAGUCUGCAGGAAGCAGAGGAGACUGGUGGAGCUGUAACAGGUGGAACAGUAGGUCACCUGUAUCUGACCUGCUGGAUCUGGAUCAGGGUAAAGUCUGAGUCAGGAUCGUAUGUGGAUCAGGGUCAGAGGCCAGCAUCAGGCCUGCAACUCUGAGGCUGCUGCCUUGACCCUGAUACCCAACAUGCGUUCCCUGGUGCUGGAGGAAACAGGAAUACAAAUGCAUCAAAUGAGAUAUUUUUUAAACAAAAAUUCUCCCUUAAGUCAGCCAUGUUUGUAGUUCAGUUUGUUUUUUGAGAAUAGAAUCAGCCCUUUAUGGCAUCUGGUCCAGUGUGUGCCCCCGCCACACCUGCUGUACUCAGACACAGGGUUCUGUACCUGGUCCUGUAGACACACUCCCCUGGUUAUGUAUCGGUCAUAUGACUGAUGAGUGACAGUGUGUUUGCCUCUGUUAGCAGUACAAUAAUAAUAAUAAUAAAAACAAUAACGUAGAAUUUCAAAGAGGACAAAAAGUCUGGGAGAAUAACAGUUUUUCUUCCUGUAAAAUUCCACCAGGAGCAUGAUGGGAAAUAAUCUCAAAAGAGACUAGUUUUGUAAACAGUGACCCUGCAGGAUCCUGGUCUUUACAGAAGCCAUGUUUCCAAAGCAAGAACUUUCCCCAGGAACCAGAAACCUUUAGAGGAACUAUGCGCAUUUCCACCACAGGAACCAGGGUCUAAAUUUAGUUCCGGGGGAAUUGAUCAACCCCCAAAAAGGUACUGUGCGGGUGGUAGUACUUUCCAAAGGUUCAGGAACUUUGGGGGUGUGGUCUGCAGUGCUGAACAUUUCUGACUGGUCGAGUCCUCACUGCAUUUUAUUUUACCCACGAUGUUCAAAAGUCCGCAGCGAGCAAGCACCGAACACAUUUUCAACACGGGUCUGGGAGAAGGUAAAAAAAUUGAAACAGGACUACAAAAAAAUAAAGGACCACAACAACUUGAGUGGCUAGGGUUGCACCCGUCACGUAUAAUACAGGAUCGCCACGUAUUUGAAAAUAAAAUACUGCGUCCUCUGAUGUUUUGAAUAUAUACGGGAUACAAUUUGUCCCACAUUUUCGUUCAUAUGAUGUCCUCAAAGUGCUGUGAAUAAUGUAAUGUCAAGUAAUAAUUUUGCAUAAUGUUCCCGGGACUUUAAGCUGCGGUGGAAACGCAGACAACAAUGGGCCACACAGGAACCUUUAGUUCCUGAAGAAAAGUCCCUGGAACUUUAACUUCAGAGUUUUUGGUCAGAACGCGGCUUAAGUCUUAGAGUGUGAGACCAAACCCUCUGUGACUCAGACUGAGCCUGCCCGGUUGCCAUAGGGAAAAGAGGCAGGGCCUGGGCAGAGCUGAGGUAUGAGUGGCUGAGACAGCUGUCAAUCAAGGCAAACCAUUUAAAAAAUCUGUUAUUUCCCCCUCUGUCUGUUUUUGUUUGUUUUAACCAUGUUUUAUCUGUUUACAGAUAACAAACCAAACACUUUUGUUUUCUUACAUUGCUCAGUUGUAUUUAACAGUGUUUUCAGAGGUUUCUGUCAGUGUUGCUGUUUGUAAAAUCUACUAAAUAAAAGUCUUCAUCCUACUGAGCUGCUAUUAUUACAGCUGUUCAUCAUCAAACGCAGUAAUUAAAAUGCUGAAUGAAAAGUGAAUGAAAUGAAAAGGAUUAAUUCACAGACAGAUAGACUGAGUCACUAUGAAUUUUCAGUCAUCAAAUUUAUCUUUCAGGGCUGCUCUGACUUUUUCCAGGUGUUUCCAAGUGAGUUGCUUACAUAAUCACACACACACACACACACACCCACACCCACACACACACACACACACACACACACACACACACACUCACUCACACACACACACACACA